UAUUUUGCAAAAUUGAUUUGUAUCACUUGUUAUCAAAAUCCAAAUAAUCAAACAUCAAACAAGAAAAGUGAUAAUGAAAUAAUACCAUAAUACGCAAUCAGAGCGAGAUUACACAAGAAAUACCUGCCCGAAUAAGGUCAGAGAAAUCUAGAUGGAUUAAACCGCUUUUUUCCAUGACGAAUUCAGAUCACGAUUUAGCUAACCUUAGAAAUAUCAGCGAGAAUAUCGAUUGAAAGUGUUCCUUUAAAUUAUUUUUAGAUUUUACGAAGAAAAACGAUUGUUUCCUGGGUUCGUUAGUUUUUAUUAUUAUGUGCGUCUGCAGUCUUGAGUUAUUAAUAUUCCUCAAGAUAUAGUUUAUAUUUUCUCUCUUUAAAAGAGUGACAAAUAAACAACGUUUGGAUAAUAAUUUCAUAAUUCCUAAGAUAGCUGAAAAAGAAACUUAACAUAUGUUCUCCAAAGUACAGUGGCUGUAUUCUUCAGUGAUGAGAUUGUGAUUUAUAUAAAAAUGGGUGUUAAUAGUAGCAAAAAGUUGGCUGCAAAAUGCUCUUUCCUUUCUAAAGAUGAACAGCUUAUUGUUAGCAAUUCUUUUAAGCUGGCAAGUAAAAACUCAGAAAAAAUCAAAGAAGAUGAAAUUACAAAACUGUGGGGCUCUCAAAUGGAUCCCCGUUUACUUCAGUACAUCAAUAAUUAUCUAUUUGGACGAGGGGAGCAAAAAAUUGUUACAGUCGAUUUAGAAAGAUUUGCUGAAUUAUUUGUGUUCUGUACUAGAGGUACUGUGGAUGAAAAAGUGAAGGUUCUUCUGACUUCUUUAGGAAAAACUGAAGAGGAAUGCAACGAUAUUCCUUACAGCCUUGUAAAGGAGUAUGUAGAAGCUAUUGUAAGUUCUUACAUGAAAAUACAGAGACUGAGUAACUCAAAACAGUAUAAAAGUUGGGCUAAUAGAGGAUGCAAUACUCACACUCAGAAUUCUCAGCGUCUGGCAGAAAGUCUAACAAGAGAUUUAGCUGUUUUAGGUAAUAAUGCCAUAUCAAGAAGGUCUUUAGAAACUUGGUUGCAGGGUAGCACUGUACUUGGACAGCUCUUACUAUUUGUCUUUAUGCAUUUAUAUAAUAUUUCUCAUAAGGACAAAUCUGCGAUCGUAAAUGAAAAACAACCAAGUUCGGUAGAGUCAGAGCAGGCUACAAAUGAAAAUGAAGGUCCUAGAGAAAGAUCUUUGGUACCAUAUUGUCGAGGUUUAGAUUUGAUUCCUUCAUAUCCAAGUAUUUUGGAUUUGAAUCAGAUUGUAUUUGUCAAUGCUCAUUUGCCACAGCAGUACCAAGUUGAGUGGAGGUUCUUGUUUAGUUCUGAGAUACAUGGAGAGUCAUUUUCAACCUUGAUAGGUCGCAUAGUGAAUCAAGGUCCUUCAGUGAUGGUGUUGGAAGAUCGUAGCGGGUAUGUAUUUGGUGGCUUCGCUCCUGCGAAUUGGGCUUUGGGGCCCAACUUUUUCGGUGACGACAGUUGUUUCUUAUUCACUCUAUCACCGAGAAUGAGAAUAUUUCCAUCGACUGGCUACAACCAGCAUUUUCAGUAUUUGAAUUUACACCAACAGACCAUGCCCAAUGGAUUGGCAAUGGGAGGUCAGCAUAAUUUCUGUGGGCUGUGGCUAGAUGGGGAAUAUGGUAAAGGGCACUCUAGUGAGUCGUGUACUACUUUUGCUGGGUACCAACAGAUGUCACAUACGAAGGAAUUUCAGUUUAGACACUUGGAAGUGUGGGGUUUGGGUCAGCCACCACCCACGCCUCAAGAAAGAGGUGAAAGAGUGACUGGAAAGGGUGGAAGCAUUCUGGAUGGGAAUGCUGAAAGCAAAGCCAUGCUGAAAAUGGCGGGAAAAACAAUACACAGCGAGGGAUUGCGAGAACCUCCUAAUACGUAAUCAAAAAGCGUUUUUUUUAAUUUGCUUGCUACCUCUUAUUUCAUUCGAAACAUCAAACAACUUCAUUCAUGUGGUUCUGUAUAUCUUACAAAAAAUAAUAACUGGAGAGCACAAAGUAACUUAAAAACGCAACAUUUUAAAUCAAAAUGUAUAAAAAAUUCUUGGACCAAUAAAUUCGGAUUAAACUUUUAUAAAGCACUUCUUCCCAUUGUUUAAUGUCGUCUCGUGUGUAAGUUUAUAAAUAACUACAUAAAAAUGCCGUACUUCUGUGUACAUUGUUUGGAUUUAAUGUUCUAAUCACCGGCAACAUAAUUAAUAAAAGUGCCAAAAAAUAAUUGAUCACGCACUUUUUGAGCCCCGUAAAAUUAUAUAUAAAAUACAUUGAUUUUUUCAAACUGAUCAUGGGUCAUACUCAAUGAGACGCGUGUUAGAUUUAAAAUUUAAAGAAAACAAGACGGGGUAUAGAUUACGUUUAUUUAUUUAAUAGAUGUUUAAGAUAUAUGUAUUUCAGUGUUCUUUACUACAAUUGCAAAGCACCUGUGUGAUUUUUUAUUGUUAGUUGACGAAUUUAAAUAUAUAUCUGCUAUUAUA